UACCCCUCCAGCCUGAACAUGGCUUCAUCAGUCGGGCUGCUUCUGUGUGAAAAUAGCGACGUCGGUUUGCCGCUGUGAAGCUUCGUCUUUCAGUAAUCAUGAAGGUUUUGGGGUUCGCGAAGAAGAGUUUGAAUGGUCUACAAAACGAUGGUAUUGCCAGAAUCAAAGCAUACCCACCUCCGCUCAAUCAGAUUCUAAGAAGAGGCCUAUCAGACUCCAACGUUUUUAAUGGCCAUCAAGAAGAUACGGUGCUUCCGGUUCUGAUAGUGGGGGCUGGACCUGUCGGUCUCGUUCUCGCUAUACUUCUUACCAAACUGGGUGUGAAAUGUGCGGUUUUGGAGAAAGCCAAGACAUUUUCUAAACAUCCACAGGCUCAUUUCAUUAACAAUCGAAGUAUGGAGGUGUUUCGCAAGAUAGAUGGGCUGGCAGAGGAGAUCCAGAGCUCUCAAUCUCCUGUUAAUCUAUGGCGAAAGUUCAUAUAUUGUACUUCACUCACUGGUUCUGUUCUUGGUUCAGUGGACCAUAUGCAUCCUCAAGAUUUCGAGAAAGUUGUGAGCCCAGUCUCUGUUGCACACUUCUCACAGUACAAGUUGACUGCAUCACUACUUAAGCAGCUCGAAGAUCUUAGCUUCCAUGUUUACACAUCGCAAGUCCUAGAAGGCCUGAAUCAUAGGCCCCUUAAGGGAAGGGAAAUUUUGCUGGGGCACGAGUGUGUGUCCAUUGAUGCCACCGGCCAAUGUGUUAAAGCAACUGCAGCUUUUCUUGAGGAAGGGAAGUAUAUGCAGAAGAAUGUUCAGUGUAACAUCCUUGUUGGUACCGAUGGUGCUGGAAGUACUGUCCGGAAGCUCGUAGGAAUAGAUUUGAGAGGUGAGAGAAACUUACAAAAUCUUGUCAGUGUCCAUUUUCUAAGCAGAGACCUUGGACAGUACUUGCUCAAUGAGAGACCCGGUAUGCUGUUUUUUAUCUUCAAUACUGAAGCCAUUGGGGUCCUUGUUGCUCAUGAUCUCAAGCAAGGGGAGUUUGUAUUGCAGAUACCUUUCUAUCCACCUCAGCAAAACCUUGAAGAUUUCACUCCCAAGAUAUGCAAGAAGUUGAUAUUCAAAUUGAUUGGUCAAGAGCUUUCAGACAUAGAUGUGAUUGAUAUAAAGCCGUGGGUGAUGCAUGCGGAGGUUGCCGAGAAGUUUGUAUGUAAUGGCAAUCGCAUAAUACUUGCUGGUGAUGCUGCUCAUCGAUUUCCUCCUGCUGGUGGUUUUGGAAUGAAUACUGGCAUUCAAGAUGCUCACAAUCUUGCUUGGAAAAUAGCUUCUCUUGUAAAGGGUAUUGCACCAUCUUCAAUACUCGAGACUUAUGAAAUGGAACGUAAACCGAUUGCCAUUUUUAAUACAACACUUAGUGUUCAAAACUUUAGAGCAGCCAUGGGAGUUCCUGCAGCACUUGGUAUUGAUCCAGCCGUUGCAAACUCUGUUCAUCAAAUCAUUAAUGGUGGAGUUGGUUCUGUUUUACCAUAUGGACUACAGAGAGUAAUUCUGGAUGGAAUUUUUACAGUAGGUCGUGCACAGCUCUCUGAGUAUCUUCUGAAUGAAAGCAACCCACUUGGUUCUUUGAGGCUUGCUAGAUUAAGAAGUAUAUUUAAAGAAGGAAAGAGCCUUCAACUUCAGUUCCCUGCUGAGGAUCUUGGUUUCAGGUACCUCAAGGGAGCACUAGUUCCUGAUAGUAAUAGUUCACUGGGUGCUCCAGAACCACCGACUGGUCGUCGGAGGGACUAUGUUCCUUCUGCAGAUCCAGGAUCAAGGCUGCCCCAUAUGGAUGUGAGGGUGUUAUCUGAUCUAUCAAGUGAGGAGAUCAUUUCGACACUGGAUCUUGUAUCUAGUGACAAAGUUGAGUUCCUUCUGAUUAUAGCACCAGUUGAUAAGUCCUGGCCUCUUGCUCAUGCUGCAGUCAAGGUGGCGAAGGAAUUCAAAGCUUCUGCUAAGGUAUGUGUUUUAUGGCCCAAUGGAACUGUAAGAGGGAUUGUAGCAGGAAGUAAGGUGGCAUUGACCACUUUAGAGGAUUACGUAAAUGUUGUGGAAGUGAAGAGGUCACCAACUUCAUCAUCAUGGUGGGAUAUAUGUCAGAUGACUGACAAAGGAGCCAUUCUAGUUAGGCCUGAUGAGCACAUUGCUUGGCGUAUGAAGUCGGCAAUUGUUGGGGAUCCUAUUAUGGAGAUGAAGAGGGUUUUUUCUACAAUAUUGGGUGUAAAGCCAACAAAAAUGUAUGAAACCAGCAACUAAUGCUAUGACCUUUAUUUGAAUUCUCCAUCUGGUUUGGAAGGUGCUUUAUUGCCUGCAAGUACAGGUGCCACAGAUCUCUUGCAAACUGGAUGUUGGAGCAGACCCGAUUGAUCAAUUCUUUAUAGACGAUUCAUAGAAUAUUUGACCGUUCGUGGAAUUUGACCUUAAAUUUCUUGGGGUGGAAGCAAUCCCAUGGCAGAAGUGGCUGCUAUUAUAAGCUUGCUGUCUCCGUCUGUUAUCUUUUGCAGGUAUAAUAACUUGUACCGUUAUUUGAAUGUUCUCUGUUAAUUUUAAAUUUUAAGACCA